AAACACAGCGCGUUAGUAUUAGUAUCUGGCUGUUCAUUCAGCAGCCUGAUAGAAAUCGAUCGAAGUCAAUUGGAAAAACAGCUGAUCAACUGUCAAUCCAUUUCAAUUGAUUUCGAUUGACUUCUGUUGAACACACCUUUUGCUAAGUGGAGCCUCGAAAGUUUUGUGUGUAUGAUCAAUAACUCAAAUAUCAUAAUAAUUAAAAGAAACGAUAUAGCUGACUAUAAUGGAACCUCGAUUGUUUAAAAAUUUCUCGUAACUUUCAGCGUCAAACCAUGUUGCAAUCAUGAAAAAUUCACGUAAAUUAGAUGUGAGUACAAAUUCCAAUAGGGGCGCGUUUAGUUAACUAUUUCGUAGCAUUUACGUGAAAAUCAAUUGGAUAAAAAUUAUGUAGUUUUUCACGUAGCCACGACGUGCAGAUUAUUUUGGGUGUAUAAUUAAAAUACUCUGCGUCGCAUGCACUGUGAACGAUCCUGAAAAAUGUUCGCGCGAAAUUCAUUUCAGGUUCAUUCAAAAAUCGCUCGCUCGCGUGCACUGUGUUUCUACCCUAAGUAUGGUGAAUAGUAGGGUGUAUUUCCUAUCGGGAACUUUUGAUUUUCAGUGUUCUUGAAUCGACUGAAGAAGAACUGUCACCAUAAAUGGACAGGCACGGAAGACAGAAUCUUGAACCGGACGAAAUGAGUGCAAUAAACUUCUCGUGGUGGAAAAAACCUCCACCUAUCGUUCAAGAUACGGACGAUACUCUUCAACAGUAUAUUUUAGAGCCAGCGAUCAACGCAGAUACCGUUAAACCUAGUUUUUUCCCUCGGACAUCUGAUAUCAGAUCAUUAUACGAUGUACCGGCUGCUCCUCUUAGUACACGGAUCGUACCAGAACGAUGCCAGGAAUCAGGACGGAUAGUUGAUUUUGUCGAAAUUGCUUCCGAUAAAGCUGGAAGCAAUAGUAAAAACUCUAUGUCACUUCAACGGGAACCGGGAUUGAUGCAAGAUUCAACAAGAGGGUGUGCAUCGAAUUUUCCUUUCUGGCCAGGCGGAUUUGAUGAGCCCGAUAAAAUCCUUGAGCAAUUAAAUAUUGACAGCACCGUAUUUGAGCAGAAUUUAAAAUCAUGUCCCCCUGGAUUCCUCAAUGGAAUGGAAUUUAGCUCUGUAGAAACAAACACUUGUGGAUCGGUUAUAGACCUCUUGUCUACUAUUGACGAUAUUCGAAGUCUCUCUCUUUUAGACACAAUAGAAAGUACCAAUGAUGCGUCUAACGCGGCUAGCAUAGGUCCAACGAAGAAGCAUACUUCGUUUGAAUCUGUAGAUGAAAGUACUUUCGCUGCGGAAAAUUCUGUUGUACCGGUAUUAAAAAUAGAGACAGCGGCUACUAAUGUCAUUAAAAAAGUUGAAUGGGCGGAAUUGUUAGAUAUUUCUAAACCAGUCACUGACUUCCAUAUUAAGGUACCCGAUAUGGCUCACAAAUAUCAAUUUGAGCUUGAUAUAUUUCAAAAACAGGCUAUCAUAAAACUCGAAGAACACAAUCAUGUUUUUGUAGCUGCCCAUACUUCAGCUGGUAAAACAGUAGUAGCUGAAUAUGCAAUUGCUUUGUCAAAAAAACAUAUGACGAAAACGAUAUACACUUCACCGAUCAAAGCCUUAUCGAAUCAAAAAUACCGAGAUUUUAAAACAACAUUUGAAGACGUUGGUCUUAUCACAGGCGACAUUCAAAUUGAUCCAACCGCCUCCUGCCUUAUAAUGACAACGGAAAUUCUCCGGUCGAUGUUGUACUGCGGCAGUGAUAUCACUCGUGACUUGGAAUACGUUAUUUUCGACGAGGUUCACUAUAUAACGGAUGCCGAUCGGGGACAUGUCUGGGAAGAAGUUUUGAUUCUACUGCCAGAUCAUGUUUGCAUUGUCAUGCUUAGUGCCACCGUUCCGAAUACGUUGGAGUUUGCAAAUUGGGUAGGCAAAACUAAGAAGAAACAAGUGUAUGUCGUAAGCACUCCGAAAAGACCCGUUCCGCUCAAACAUUACAUUUAUACAGGGUUUGGAAGCAAAUCAAAAGACGACAUUUUCCUUAUCGUUGAUCAAGAAAGCAAUUUUCUGAUGGAAGGUUAUAGAAAAGCUAAAGAAGCUGUUGAAAUGAAACUAGCAAAAAAUAGUAAUAAAAAUCGUCAAGGUCCAUUAAAUCUGAAACAGGAGCAAACGUUGUGGAUGGGUUUGAUAGAACACCUUCAAAAGAACGAUAAGCUACCGGUAGUAGCAUUCACGUUGUCCCGCAACAGAUGCGAUUUAAAUGCCAACGCUCUUAUGUCUUGUGAUUUGACGACAGCCCGAGAAAAGUAUGUUAUUAUGUCUUUCUUCCAAUUAUGUUUACAAAAGCUGAAACCACCCGAUCGGACUUUGCCGCAGAUAAUCCAAGUUCAAAACUGUCUCCAGCGUGGGAUAGGCAUUCAUCACAGCGGUAUAUUACCUAUACUCAAGGAAAUAGUAGAAAUGUUGUUUGCUCGUGGUUUGGUGAAGAUAUUAUUUGCAACUGAAACUUUCGCAAUGGGCGUGAACAUGCCAGCUAAAACAGUUGUUUUUGAUUCAACCAAAAAAUAUGAUGGUCAAGCUCUACGAGUGUUGCAACCAGCUGAAUACACUCAAAUGGCCGGUCGGGCUGGUCGACGUGGAAAGGAUAAAGACGGAACUGUUAUCAUCAUCAGCAAAUUUAAUACGCCAGUUGAAAGUGAACUGAAACACAUGAUUCUAGGAAAGCCAAUGCGAUUAGAAUCUCAGUUUCGUCUCACUUACGCUAUGAUAUUGUAUCUUUUACGCGUGGAAUUAGUAACUGUAGAAAAUAUGAUGUUACAUAGCUUCCGAGAAUUCGACAAACGUCAAAAGCUACCUGAAAAUAAAUCCGAGUUAAAUAAGAUGGAAGAAAAGAUAUCGGAGUUGAAUGAUUUGAGUGAUCAUUUGAAGCCUUUGUGCCAAUUCUAUGACGCAGCUUUGGAUUAUAUUACUAAGUGGGAUGAGCUGAUGCCUCGUUUAUAUGUUUCACAACUGAAAUCCAAUGACUUCAAACCCGGGCGCGUUCUUGUGAUAACUCAUGAACAACACUAUAAUAAAGUAGCUUUGCUGUUAGCAGUUCUAUAUCAUAAUCCAAAAGAAGCUUUGUAUAAAGUUUUAGUUUUGGGCCAUAAAUCUGCUACUGAGAAUAAAUCGGACGGCUUGGAACGCGGCAAACUUUGGCACAGAAUGGUUGCCCUUUCUUCUCAACAUCGAAAAUUCAUACCUGAAGGAGUAGGAGGGCAUUCGGUUCUGCAGAUUAGCAUUUCAAGUAUAGUAGAAGUAACUAAGCAGAUCAUUAAAUGUGAUCCCAUCAAAAUUCUUCACAACUGGGACAAUCGACAAAUAGCACGCUUCAGGGAUCAACCGCCUUCCCAAUCUGUCAUUGAAGCUGUGUCAGCUCUUACUGAAGUGAACAAUGCUAUUCUGAACGAUAACAUGAAAUUCGAAUCCCAGAAAUUCCAACUGAAUCUGGAUCAGCUGAAACAACACGAAGAGUUGAAAGAUUCUCGUGAUCGUCUUGAGUACAUUCUGCCAUACACUGACAUAGCUGAUUUUCUUAACGAAUUUGCUACAGUUUUCGACAGGAAGCAGUUGGAGAAAAAGCUAGACGAUCUAAAAUAUCAAGUUUCUUACAAAAGUAUGUCUCUAUACCCGGAUUAUUGUAACAAAUUGGAGGUGUUACACAAGCUGAAAUACAUUGAUGGUAUGCAACAAGUGGCAAUGAAAGGUCGUGUUGCUUGUGAGAUGGGUCAAAAUGAACUAAUGAUAACUGAACUGGUGCUACGAAAUAUCUUAACAGAUCUACAACCAGCCGAAAUUGCGGCCCUGUUAUCUAGUUUGGUAUUCCAAGCCAAAACUGAAGUUGAACCUAAAAUCACUGAAAAUCUGAAGAAGGCCAAAAAGUUGUUCGAAGAAGUUGAGAAUGACAUUCGCUCCGUGGAACAGGUUUGCAGGGUUACGGAUAUAUUGGAAAAAGAGAAGCUCAAUUUCGGAUUGAUCGAAGUUGUGUACGAAUGGGCCCAAAAUAAGCCAUUUGCAGAGAUUAUGGACUUGACUGAUGUCAAGGAAGGAAUCAUAGUCCGAUGUAUUCAGCAACUCAAUGAAACAUUGUGCAAUGUAAAAAAUGCCGCACGGAUUAUUGGCGAUCCUGUACUACACAGCAAAAUGGAAGAAGCGUCAAACGCAAUUCGAAGGGAUAUUGUUUUUGCUGCAAGUUUAUACACUUCUAAUACGCCAAUCGAAAUAGAAAGUGAUGUUUGAUGCUUCAUGUAAUCUUUGAUGUAAUGCAUGUUUGCAUAUAACUAAGUUGCUAUAUAAAUUUGAAAAAUUGUUGUAACAACAUAUUUCUCUUUGUUUUUCCCAGUGGUUGUUUUACAAGCUUAUGUGUUUGCACGAAAAUCCGACUAUGAAGCCGAACUGGAACCGGGCAGCACUGCUGUGUGUAGUUCAAUAGUUUUUUAAGUAAUUGUUUUUUUUCUAAAUUUUAUUGGGAAAUACUCGAUGUAGGGAGUUGUAAGGAUGUUGAGUGGACGCGGGAGACAAUUUUUGGUGUCCUUAUCGUUUUGGAUUGUAAGGAAAGGUGUCUAUUGGUAAGUUUUCCUCAAUUCUAAUCUGGCCUCAAAUUAGAAACUCAGCGAAAUAAGGAAAUUUUCAUGCAUUAAAGCAAAAUUCCUUCAGGUAAGAAAAAUUGAGACACCCAAAAAAAAUGUUCAUCAGGAGCCAAAUAAAGUUGAUAGAUUUGUGAAACAGAUUGAAAUACAUAAAAAUAACACACGUUAGACAUUUGUGGUGCUAAAACAACGAAUAAAUUUCAGAAUAUAAAUGCACAGAACUUUAUUAAAAAUAUGUAGAAGUUAAAUUAAAAAAUUUAUUCAGAUAAUUAUUUUAGCUGUUUACUGAAAUAAACAGAUCUAUUUCCUCCGUGCAGUUGAACGAAUUUCCCUUUUGCUGCGUGGGUUGUUCCCUUUCAAAAAAAAGGUUGUGUAAUUACGGCGUGUUCGUAAACUGAUUUGCUUGGGUGAUGCAUCGAUUUGUUUGGUAGAUGUCAAAUCACCUUCCAAUGCUUCUGCAUACAGUUUGUUCAAUUUACGAACGCCAACAUCGAUGGAAAAAAUCACUUCGAUAGAAAAAAUCAAUUUACGAACACGCCGUUAGAAAGACUGGCCAACAGUUACAUGUUAAGGGCUGUCCCAACGGUAGAUGCAAAACACGGUUUUCGACCACGCUAAAACAUUUCGGCUGGCACCGGUGGCGUAUAUUGCUGUUUUAGCACAGUUAUCGAUUUCAAAAUUCCCAACAGUUAUACGCCUUUGUUCCAAAUUCAUGCAAAUUUGGAACAGGAUUUCAAAAUAUACGACAGACCUAUUUACGGCGUGUUCGUAAAUUGAUUUUUUCUAUCGAAGUGAUUUUUUUAUCGAUGCUGGCGUUCGUAAAUUCCAAACAAACGUAUGCAAAAGCAUAUGGAAAGUGAUUUGACAUCUACCAAACAAAUCAAUCGACUGAUGCAUCACCCAAAAAAAUCAAUUUACG